AUGACUUCCACCGCCACGACCCUCAAGGGCCAGCCCCUUGACAAGCCCGUCCUCGAUGCCAUGCUGCGGCGGCGCAUGUUCUACACGCCCUCGUUCGAGAUCUACGGCGGCGUCGGUGGCCUCUACGACUAUGGCCCCCCGGGCUGCGCUCUCCAGGCCCACAUUGUCGACAUAUGGCGCAAGCACUUCAUCCUCGAGGAGGACAUGCUCGAGGUCGACUGCACCGUCCUGACCCCGCACGACGUCCUCAAGACCAGCGGCCACGUCGACAAGUUCGCCGACUGGAUGUGCAAGGACCCCAAGAACGGCGAGAUCAUGCGCGCGGACCACUUCGUCGAGGCCAUUCUCGAGGCCAGGCUCAACGGCGACAAGGAGGCUCGCGGCCAGAAGGUCGAGGAGAAGGACGACCCCAAGAAGAAGAAGAAGAAGGCCAAGUCGGAGGCUGUCAAGCUCGACGACGCCGUGGUCAAGGAGUACGAGGAGGUUCUGGCCAGGAUCGACAACUACGAUGGCCCUGAGCUCGGUGAGCUCAUCAAGAAGUACGACCUCAAGAACCCGGCCACCGGUCUCCUGCCGUCCGAUCCCGUUUCCUUCAACCUCAUGUUCCAGACCUCCAUUGGUCCCAGCAGCAACCUGCCCGGCUACCUCCGCCCCGAGACUGCGCAGGGCCAGUUCCUCAACUUUGCCAAGCUCCUCGAGUUCAACCAGAGCCAGAUGCCCUUCGCGUCUGCCUCGAUUGGCAAGUCUUACAGGAACGAGAUCUCCCCUCGUGCCGGUCUCCUGCGCGUUCGCGAGUUCCUGAUGGCUGAGAUCGAGCACUUUGUCGACCCCCAGGGCGGCAAGAAGCACCAUCGGUUCCACGAGGUUGAGGACAUCGAGCUGGUGCUCCUCGACCGCGACACUCAGCUUUCCGGCAAGACCGAGACCAGGAAAGUUGCCAUCGGCCAGGCCGUCAAGGAGGGCCUCGUCGAUAACGAGACCCUCGGCUACUUCCUGGCCCGCAUCCACCUCUUCCUCGCCAAGAUUGGUGUCGACCUGUCCAAGAUGCGAUUCCGCCAGCACAUGCAAAACGAGAUGGCCCAUUACGCUUGCGACUGCUGGGAUGCUGAGCUGUUCACCAGCUCCGGCUGGGUCGAGUGUGUCGGCUGCGCUGACCGCAGCGCCUACGAUCUGAGCGUGCACGCCAAGAAGACCGGCGCGCCCCUGGUUGUCCGCGAGCGCCUGGACGAGCCCCUCGUCAUUGAGGAGUGGCAGGUCGACAUUGAGAAGAAGAAGUUUGGUCCUCAGUUCAAGAAGGACGCCAAGGCUGUCGAGACGGCUCUGCUCUCCACGUCGCAAGAGGAGCGUGAGAAGCUGUCCAAGCAGCUGAGCGAAACCGGCAAGCUCACGAUCGACGUCGCCGAUGUCAACGGCGGCAAGGUCGAAUGCAGCGGCGACUCAGUCAAGAUUGAGUUCCGCAAGAGAGUCGAGAACACGAGAGAAUUCACGCCCAAUGUCAUCGAGCCCUCGUUCGGCAUCGGUCGGAUACUGUACUCCUUGAUUGAGCACAACUUCUGGACUCGCGCCAGCGAUGGUGGCGAUGAGGCCCGCGGUGUGCUCUCCUUCCCCCCCACCGUCGCCCCUACCAAGGUGCUCAUCGUGCCGCUGUCGUCGAACGCCCAGUUCAGGCCGCACAUCAAGAAGAUCUCGCAGAGGCUGCGAAGCCUUCACGUCUCGAGCCGCGUGGACGACUCUUCGGCCAGCAUUGGCAAGCGGUACAGCCGCAACGACGAGCUCGGCACGCCGCUUGGCGUCACGGUCGACUUCCAGACCCUCCAGGACGGCACGGUUACUCUGCGAGACCGCGACUCCACGACGCAGGUUCGCGCCGACGAGGAGACCAUCGUCAAUGCCAUCAAGUCCCUUGUUGACGGCACCAAGAGCUGGGAGAACAUUACGGCGGAGCUGCCCAAAUUCGAGACGCAGGAGGUUGACAUUGCGACUCGCUAA